AAUCAAAUGUGUUGACUGAAUGCCACGUCGGUUUGAGUGUGAGCAGCAUCUUAACUGCUUUCACUCUUUACCAGAAUAAGCUAAUUUAUAUUAGUUUUCGCAGCUUAUACCGUUGCUAGACGUGGAUGCGGUUAGCAGAUUGCUAACUUAUUCAGUGCACGGUACUGGCGCGUGCUUUGGUUUUUUCGGCAUCACUAGCAGGAACAAUGAGGGUCUUUAGCAAAUCGCUAUUGCUGAUUGCUGUUGGCAUUUUAAUGUCCCAGCAGACACUGGCUCACUCCCACCAUCAUCAUGGACAUGGUGAUGGUGGAUGCCAUGGUCACUCACAUGGUGGAGCGAAGAUGCAUCACGGGGCAAGCAAAUGGAGUGCUGAAGCUAAUCUGCCUCAUGCUGAAGAGGAGCAUCACGUACACGAUCACGGGCACACACAUAAUCAUGCACACGAUCACGGGCAUGCACACAGUCAUGGAGACAUUCAUGAUCAUGGACAUGCACACAAGCAUGGACACGCACACGAUCAUGGAGCUGAGAAAUCGAAGAAAGUUGUGGAAGCAGGCAAACGGAACAUGGUGGAGCUCUGGAUGCAGGCCAUUGGAGCCACCCUGCUCAUUAGUGCUGCACCAUUUCUGAUACUCUUCCUCAUUCCAGUACAGUCAAACACUGACCAGCACCAGAACCUGCUUAAAGUGCUCUUGAGUUUUGCAUCUGGUGGUUUGCUUGGAGAUGCAUUCCUUCAUCUCAUUCCUCAUGCACUGGAACCUCAUUCUCAUCACAGUCAGCCACACAGCGAGGAGUCCCAUGGCCAGUCGCAUGGUGAGGAGUCACAUGGUCACUCUCAUGGAGCUGCCCAUGGUCACAUGAUGUCAGUUGGUCUGUGGGUGCUAGGUGGCAUUGUUGCAUUUCUAGUGGUUGAGAAAUUUGUUCGUCUUUUGAAGGGAGGACAUUCACACUCGCAUUCCCACUCUCCCUCUGCUCCAAAGUCAAAGGAUAGUGAUGAAGAAGAUGACAAGAAAGGACAAAAGAAGGGAGAGAAAGACAAAGUUGUCUCUCAACAGAAACCUACAAAGAAAACAGUAGAGACAAGUUCUGAUAUUAAAGUGUCUGGUUAUCUGAACCUGGCUGCUGAUUUCACUCACAAUUUCACGGAUGGUCUUGCAAUUGGAGCAUCUUUCCUGGUUGGUCCAGCUGUUGGUGCUGUUACCACCAUCACCAUCCUCUUACAUGAAGUACCACAUGAAAUUGGAGACUUUGCAAUUCUUGUCCAAUCAGGCUGCACCAAGAGGAAGGCUAUGUGUCUUCAGCUUCUCACUGCUGUUGGUGCAUUAGCUGGAACUGCCUGCUCCUUAUUGGCUGAAGGAGUGGGUGACGCGGCCACAGCGUGGAUCCUCCCCUUUACUGCCGGAGGCUUUGUUUACAUUGCGACUGUCACAGUUCUCCCAGAGCUGCUGGCUGGACACUCUAGUUUCUGGCAGUCACUCCUGGAGAUCCUGGCUCUUCUGUUUGGAGUGGGAAUGAUGGUGCUGAUUGCAGAGUAUGAGUGAGCGAGGAAGCCAUGUUUAAAAGAAGAACUUGGAAUAUGAGGCGCAGUGACCAAUGUAUGGUCACCGGAAGCGCAGAGAAACUUUGAAAUGUAUGUUAGCAUUGACCACAGGAGGAAAACCUGCGUAAGAAAUAAAAAAAGUGCUUUUAUGAGAAAACUACUCAUUUAUGCAAAGACCUGCAUGAAUGGAUCACAUAAAACAACCUCACCAGGGACCAAAAUUUAGAUCUAAUACAUGCAUACAAAUCAUAGGUAUACACUAAAGAGACUGAUAGAAUCAGAAUGUGCGGACCAUUACGUUCCAAAGUUACUAUGUCUCCAGUCACUAAAACAUGUUUUGCUAAUCAAUUUAUUUGCUUAUCAAGAAAUUGCAGUAAUGUUUUGAUUUGAAAAAUCAUUUGACUGCACUUCACGCAAUAAAGAAGUAUGUGAUUCUUUCUA